AUGGCAGCUGGGACAAGCCGGAGAAUUUCGGCAGCCUCGGCUAGGGUUCAUACCCGAAAAUCGAAACCCUCGACUUCUUCGAAAAUCUCAGGUAUGUUCAAGAAAAUUCUAUUCGUCUCCUUUGUGGGAUUACUUGCGUGGCUUUAUCAGUCAACAAUACCUCCUAAACCCAAAACGUGCGGCUCUCCAAACGGGCCUCCAAUCACAGCACAAAGAUUACAGCUAAAGGAUGGUAGAUUCUUGGCUUACACUGAAUUCGGAGUCCCAAAGGACAAAGCGAAGCACAAAAUAGUCUUUGUCCAUGGCUUUGAUUGUUGCAAGCACGAUUUUUCUGCCAUAACUUCACAACUCUCUUCGGAUAUCGUGGAAAAUGAGGGAGUGUACAUUGUCUCGUUCGACAGACCAGGUUAUGGAGAGAGUGAUCCUAAUCCCAAGCAGACAGUGAAUAGCACUGCUUUUGAUAUUGAGGAGCUUGCGGAUCAUUUGGGUUUAGGAUCGAAGUUUUAUAUUGUUGGGUUUUCUUUGGGUGGACAGAUUGUGUGGACAUGCCUCAAGUACAUUCCCCAUAGGCUGGCGGGAGCAGUUUUGCUAGCACCGGCAGUUAAUUACUGGUGGCCCGGUCUCUCUUCAAACGUGUCCCGAGAAGCAUAUAAGCAGCAGCUACCGGAGGACCAAUGGGCCAUGCGUGUGGCCCAUUAUGUGCCGUGGCUCAACUACUGGUGGAAUACCCAGAAAUUAUUCCCCGGUUUUAGCCUUAUUGCACAGAGCCCAAGAGUUCUUUCCUACCAAGAUGCCGAAAUAAUUCCCAGGGUCAUCUCAAUACGGGAGGAGUAUCAAGCGCAGGUAAGACAACAAGGGGAGUUCGAGUCCCUCCACCGUGAUCUAGCAUUCAUGUUUGGGACAUGGGAUUUCGACCCAACGGAUUUAAAGAACCCAUUUUCGGAAAACGUUGAUGAAGGUCCGUUCGUCCACUUAUGGCAUGGUGAUGAGGACCGAAUUGUCCCCGUCACAUUGCAACAGGACAUUGCCCGUAAGCUUCCGUGGGUUCACUAUCACGAGUUAACGGGCGCGGGUCAUAUGUUUCCUUUUGCAGAUGGCAUGGAUGAUUUCAUCAUUACAACACUUUUAGCUGCGAAAAAGUAG